GUGAGGUGCCCUGGCCCGGUCCCCGGUCCCCUCCUCCGCCUGGCCCCGGCCCGCGCUACCCCAUCCCCAGCCGACCCCGCAGCCCCGACCAGGAGAGGGCAGGAAAGCUCCCCCCCCUGCGCCCCCCACCCCCUCCCGUGCCCGCCGCGGGGACGCGCAGCUUUUGGCACCCUGCGUGGGGACCGCCGGCAGGAGGGAGCACUGGCUCUCUGGUUUGAUGACCUGCAAGCAUGUGCUGAUCCUGGGGCUCCUGAACAUGGCUACAAGACGCCCAGUGCAGGUGUUUUCUUUGAAAGUGUGGUGGUCCGGUUCCAUUGCCAAGAAGGAUAUAGGCUCAAUGGUACAUCCAAAAAACUUUGUGUGAGACACUUUAAUGGCUCCCUGAGCUGGAAACCCAGUGAUAAACCUGUGUGCCUACAAGAAGUCACAGAUUGCCUUGUUCCACAUGUUGAAGAUGCAGAGGUUCAUAACAAGACAUACAGGACUGGCGAUAAGUUAAUAAUCAGCUGUCAUGAAGGAUUCCAGAUCCGUUACCCUGACUUAGACAACAUGGUUUCCAUAUGCCAAGAUGAUGGAACAUGGGAUAAUCUACCCAUAUGUCAAGGUUGCCUGAGGCCGUUGGUUCUUCCUCAUAGUUACAUUAACAUUUCUGAGUUCGGGGCCUCCUUCCCCAUAGGAACAGUGGUGUAUUAUCAAUGCUUUCCUGGAUAUAAACUAGAAGGGGCAGAGAUCCUUGUGUGCAUGUAUAACCUUAUCUGGUCAGAUAGCCCACCUAGAUGCCUUGAUGUGGAAGUUUGUCCACUACCUCCAAUGGUGAGUCACGGAGACUACAUCUGCCACCCACGGCCUUGCGAGCGCUACAACCACGGGACGGUGGUGGAGUUCUACUGCGACCCUGGUUACACCCUCGCCAAUGACUACAAGUACAUCACUUGCCAGUACGGAGAGUGGUUCCCCUCCUACCAAGUGUACUGUGUCAAAACAGAACAAGCCUGGCCAAAUACACAGGAGACCCUCCUGACUACAUGGAAGAUAGUGGCGUUUACUGCUACCAGUGUUUUAUUAGUACUGCUACUGGUUAUUUUAGCCAGGAUGUUCCAGACCAAAUUUAAGACACAUUUCCUUCCACGAGGCAACCAGGAGGGCUCCAUGGGCGACCCCGACUUUGUGGUGGUGGAUGGUGUUCCUGUCAUGCUGCCUUCCUACGAUGAAGCUGUCAGCAGUGGCUUGAAUGCCCUGGCACCCGGAUACUCAACUGCUGCAGACCAGGGGCAUAUUUUGCAGACAGAAAAUCAGAAUCCCCCUGCUUAUCCCGGUCCCAGGAUUCCAGACACGCAGCCCAGUGAAUUUGAGACCUGUGACAGUAGGUCGGGUUCCUCUGAACUGCUCCAUAGUUUGUACCCAUCCCUGACAUGCCAAACGGCAGCACUUCCCAGCUCAGAUCGAACUGACAUAUCCCACAGCACUGACGGGGACGCUGUAUCCACAAGUCCCCGGAUCGAUAUCACAGAUGAGAUUCCUUUGAUGGAAGAAGACCCUUAGCCUGCACUGAGUCGUGUCCUCAUCACAUUGUACUGUUGGGUGACAUGAAUCAUGAGGAUUCAGAGAUAGAAAAGACUCUGUGGAUUUGGGGAGGGUGUUCUCCUACUUACCAAUCUUCCACGCGAUGAUGUCACGGGUUGGGUGUAUGUGGGGAUAACAGCAUCAGCAUUCCAACAGCAGCAGUUUUAUGAAUGAAUCCUGGGGAUUUGAUGAGAGCAGAUUUAGAAAAAUAACUGUGGCUUUUUAGAAGUGAAAUGUAUAUCUGCAUCGCAGAAAGUCAUAUGGCUCUGUAAGAAAUGCUAGUGGAUUUUGAUACUAACUGCCUCACAAAAGCAUGUCAAAAUAUGUAAAUUUGCUUAUAAAGACUACUUUAAAUGAUCUAUGGACCUCUAGUUUAUGAAGAAUCCUUUCAAGUUUAAAAAAUAUCAAUACUUAAACACACACAAAAAAAGAGGAAAGAUCCUCUUUGGCUUUCCUAUGAUAACCAGGAAGUUUUUGAUUUAGUUGUUGGUGAUUUUGUUUCAGACCAUGUCUGCAGAAAAUAUAACAGAAAUUAUGGGAUUCAUAUAUACUUUGAUGUACAAUAGCAAAUAUAUAAAAAUAUAUAUAUAUGUAUAUUUAAAAACUCUUAAAGAGAGAGAAAAGGAAAGACUCCCAGGUCACAUAACGAUCUGGAGAUUUUUUUUAAAGGUAAGGCAGAAUUUAUAUCAUAGACAAUAUUCAAAGUAAAGUAUCAAUAUUUGUAUUUAUGCAAGACUUCUGUGACUACAUUGCAUUUGAUAAAUCCUGCUGUAAUAUGAGAGAUCUAAAAGAUGUUAAAAUUAUGAAAUACAUGCUUAAGAAAUGUCGAACUGCUCUGCUUCAACCUUUCUUAAGCUCUUAAAUAAAUAAAUAAAUAUAUAUAUAUGUAUAUAUAUAUGAGAGUAAUCUACAGUCAUAGCCCAGAGCACUGCCUUGUCCCUUUACAUUGUGGUAGUAUUCUGAGCCAUUAUGGUAGAAUACUUUAAAAAAAAAUAAUAAAGCUGAGUUUCAGUUCUUUUGACUUAUCUGACUAUUGUGUAGUUGGCUUUUUUUUUUCCUUCCUCACUUCUUUCACCAGCUCGUACCUGAAGGUAGGAGGUAGCAGAACACCUGUCCUGUGGCAUUUUCAGCUUUACACCCAAUAUCCGCUGGAAAUUGAGAGAGUGGUUUUGGUUAAACAGAGCACACAGAAUGGGUGCAGCAGGGGCACAGCUUCUGCAGCUGAAAUGUGGGUUUCAGUGAGGGUUUUCUCUGCUCUGCAGGCUGUGCCAGAGCAUUGUGCU